AUGUCCGACGCAUCUUUAUUUAUCGGAGCAGCUCUCCCUUGGCUUGUGAACGCCACCGAAGAUGUAGCUCAAGUAGUUUUUGACAGGCUGAAUCACUUGCUCGCCUCCCCUGAUGGGCCGAGAGAACUAAUAAUGCGCUCAUUAACGGUCAAAGACGCCAACGGACACCAAAUCUCGGUAGCCGCUGAGCCCCUUUCUCGCUGGGACCACCGUUCACCGGAGGUUAUAUUCCGCGAAGGGUUUCUACCCCGUAUCGCGCCGGUGGACAUAAACGACUUUCAUGACACGGACGAUACCAACCUCAACCUGCGAGUAUUCAUCGAUAAUCACGUUCGGUCCAUUUUCGUUUCGACUACCAGGCCGGUCCUCCCAGACAACGGAAGCGAAGUCGCAGAAAUCUGGCGUCCACCUGUUAUCAGUGGCCGGUACCGCUAUGAGAUAUUCGCCUACGGGGGCGUCGAUAUCCUUGCUACCUUCAAAGGCCAGCGGGAGGUCCGCUCCGCUGAACAGCAGGAGAUCAUAUUUAUCGGAGGAAUCAGGCCCCAGCUGAUCCGUUCUGCGACUGAAUAUGACGAAAAUGGUAACCUGAAAUGUAUUUGGUAUAAUGUCCAAUUCAACCCGCUCCUAAACGGUGAUCACGCCCCACGAGCCUAUGAGCUGCCAGAGCUUCCCGAAAAUAUUAAUAAUAUCCGCUUCUUUGACCCUGAUGCCGAUAAUAAACAGGUUCCAGGACCUAUUCGCGAUGAACUUCGCCGACGUCGUGAAGCGGAACAAGAAAGUAACGCAGACAACAAUCGGGACGACGUGGACGAAAACAACGGCAAUCUGAGUCGAUAUACUCUAGUACAAGACCCUGAUGCAUCGCUAACCUUGCCUUCUUCGCACAUCCGGCGCGCAUGCAUGUUUAUUCCAAGCAAGAAUGAAGCUAUCUUCUUUGCUGAUACCCGCUUCGUCACCUUGAAACUCGAUGAUGCCCAUAACCCAGAGGACACCAUAGCACCCGAAGGGGUACGGAGCAUUAUCGACGCAUGGCCAGCUCUAUACGAGGCAAAUUUCCCAGCUAUCGACGCCAUCCUUCCCCACCCGAAGAACAGCGAUCAAGCGUACUUCUUUUUCCGCGAUAGGUACACACUGGUCAACAUCACCACCAGGCAGAAAGUGUUCGACGCGAAGAAAAUCAUCGACUUCUGGCCCUCGCUAAAGCAAGUCGGCUUCAACACAGUGGAUACUGCUGUGCUUCUAAGUGACGAGACGGCAUACUUCUUCCGCGGCAGUCAAUAUGUGCACGUCACUGUAAAACCCGGAACCAAUGAUGACAAGGUAAUUGGUAACGGUCCGAAGCCUAUCAAAAGCAAUUGGCCAGUUUUAGAUAAAGCAUCGUUUGAGACCGUCGAUGCAAUACUGCCUAGUCCGCAUGGUCGCGAUACUAAUUUCUUCAGCGGUAGCAAUUACGUAAAGAUGAUAAUUCAUGAAGGAAGCGCAAAUGAUGAGUUGACAGGUCCAGUAAAACCUGUCAGGGAAGGGUGGUCAUCUCUUGUAAACGCCAACUUUUAUUAA